AUGGAGCCCCUAUCGAAACAUGGCGUCAUGGCUAUCUCGAGAGUGUUCGGGAUCACGCUCAGUCUGCUUCUCGUAUACGAAGUCUACAUCUACAUGUGCUUCUUACUCGGCUCUCCAGCACACCAGAGCCUCUUGACGCACAUUUGCUCGCAUGACCGCCUACAGUCCUACUGCGGGAUGGGCUUUCAACAGCAGCUCCGGGGAAUGAGCAGUAAUCGAACGGCCGAUCGACCUUCCAGAUAUCUCUUCAUAUUUGGCGAUUCGUAUUCGAGCAUCGAGUAUAACGCCACGAAUGGUGCUCAACCGACACUAGAUAAUCCUUUCGGAAAUUCCGAAUUCUCGGCUGCGACUGCUUACAAGGACGAGAAAUGGAUUGACACCAUGUUCAUGAAGUAUCCUACUCGCAGCACCGUGGUCUAUGACUUUGCCACAGGAGGCAACCUGGUGAACGUGUCACGUAUGCCGGAGCCAUUCACCUUUACGACAAAUGUUCGACGCGACAUGAUCGACCAGGUCAACCAUUUUACGCAGAUUCAGAGCAAGAUAGACUGGGCGGCUGCUGACAGCCUCUUCAUAAGCUGGUUCGGAAUCAACGACAUUGACGCCAUCGCCGUGCUUUCAGACUUGGAAGUUGACGCGGCCAAGGAUGUGUUAUCGGCGGAUGUCGGCGAUUACUUCAAGCAGAUCGCACACCUUUAUUCGCUCGGCGCACGCAGAUUUAUACACGUCACGCCACCUCUCCCACGGUCAACCUUUCUCUACCUCGACAUUGGCUACCCUUCCGAUCUUCUGCAUUCCACUUUCACAACCUUCGUCGCGAUGAAACGCUUCCGUCAAGCAGAGACUAACACGGUCGCCGCAGCGUUUGAUCGUGCCCCCCUGUGGUCACAAAUCGGCCGCGAGCGCAUUCGAGAGAUGGUCGCCCACUGGACCAGCGUGCUUCUGCGCGGGCACGAAAAUUUCCAGCGUCAGCAUAAAGAUGUGAAGUCGGCCAUUGUCGAUCCUGCGCCCGUCUUUCAUGAAAUCCUCGAUCAUCCGGAACGGUACGGCGCGCCCAACAACACUUGCACCUCGAUGCUGGAGGAGGAUCACUGCCUCUGGCGGGAUUCUUUACAUCCGGGUUUGGCGAUCCACCAGAAGAUGGGUGCAGCCAUGUUCGAAUUGGUGCAGACGCUCGACCUGCUGUGA